AUCAGAGCGCGGGUUAAAGUUGAAAGGUCAUUUAAACAUGGCGGCAAGCAAACGAGUGUUGUAUGUUGGUGGGUUGGCAGAGGAAGUGGACGAGAAAGUGUUGCAUGCUGCUUUUAUCCCGUUUGGAGACAUCACAGACAUUCAAAUACCACUCGACUAUGAGACAGAAAAGCACAGAGGGUUUGCAUUUGUUGAAUUUGAGUUGGCAGAGGAUGCUGCAGCGGCUAUUGAUAACAUGAAUGAGUCUGAGCUUUUUGGACGGACUGUACGCGUCAACAUCGCCAAGCCAAUGAGAAUCAAAGAGGGAUCCUCUCGACCAGUGUGGUCAGAUGAUGACUGGCUGAAGAAGUUCUCAGGAAAAACUGUAGAAGAAGCUGAGGGGGAGGCUGCGGGAGAAACACCCAACACUGCUGCACAAGAGGCUGAGCCCCCUGCUAAAAAGGGCAGAGUUAAUCCACAGGUCUACAUGGACAUCAAGAUCGGCAACAAGCCUGCAGGGAGACUUCGCUUCCUCCUUCGGGCGGACAUUGUUCCCAUGACAGCAGAAAAUUUCCGCUGCUUAUGCACCCAUGAAAAAGGUUUUGGCUACAAAGGGAGUAGCUUUCAUCGCAUCAUCCCACAGUUCAUGUGCCAAGGAGGUGACUUCACCAACCACAACGGCACUGGCGGCAAGUCCAUUUACGGUCGGAAGUUUGAUGAUGAAAACUUUAUCCUCAAACACACUGCUCCAGGGCAGCUCUCCAUGGCCAACUCUGGAUCAAACACCAACGGCUCCCAGUUCUUCAUCACCAAUGACAAAACAGACUGGCUGGACGGCAAACAUGUGGUGUUUGGGGAACUGGUGGAGGGGAUGGAUGUGCUUCGAGCGAUGGAGGCUCAAGGAUCAAAAGAUGGCAAGACAAAGCAGAAAGUGAUCAUCUCGGACUGUGGAGAGCUUGUAUAAAUGCUAUACAACUUUGUGUGUUUUGCAUGCAUUUUAUGUGCGUAUGUCUCGAGUGUGUUCAACAUCUUUCUUUUACUUCACUUUCACUUUGAAACCAAAUCUUUUGCAAUGUAAAUAAUUUCGGUAAACACUUUUUUAAAAUAAAGAAACUGCAACAUUUGGACUCGGAGACAGUGCCGCGAUUCAAGUAAUUGGGUAGGCACAAACCACUAACAUGAGCUAUAUCCUCAGGCAACCACAGUUUAAUUUAUUUUAAUUUCUUUGUCAUUGGUACAGACGCACGUCCAGACUACAAAUAGUGACACUAUGAAGCUUUGGCUUGCUAGCAGGCACACCUUAAACACAAUUACUCUGAUUCUCUGUUACUAUGCGGAAUAUAUGAGGCACAAUCAAUGCACUCCCCAGAUUUAGCGUAAACUACGGUGUUUCCCAUAUAUUUAUUUGUGGCUGCCCGCCACUAAUAAACUUGGACCGAGGGCAGAUCCGUGGCCGAGCGCUGCUAGGGCACAAGCUGAGACCUGAUCAACCUCAGCUGGGUCGCACGAGCAAGGGUGUCUGAUGUUUGAAAGAGCCGAAACACCCGAUGGCCUCAUGUAACAUCACUGAUGGUGUGCCCUAGUUUUGCACCUGAAGAUGAAUCACUACAACAAAUAAAAUUAAAAAGAAAAACUUAAAUUUUGAUAUGAACAACUCAUAAGACAAAGUGUUGUCUUUAAAUAUAUACAAAA